GAUCUCUAGUUGAUUAAUUAUGAUUAAUUACUCUAAGUAAUAAUUGCUCCAAGCACCCAGGGCCCAGGGGUAACAUAAAUUAACAGACCUGAACGUCACGGCCCCAUGCUGCUACUUGUCUUAAAUUAGGAGCGACCCUGGUCCAUCUGAAGUCUUCCCAAGUGAAUAAUAUGUAACAAUAAUAUUACUCCGUAGGGUACUCCAUAGUAGUAAUUCCCAGACUGUAUCAUAGUAAGCUUCACGUCAAUAAUAAUAAUCAAUAGGGGGCUCAUCCCUGUUUCAUAACUCUACCACAGGAUCUUGGUCUGCUCCCGCAGUGGAUUCCACAAGAUGACGGCUCUCGCAAUGCCCAACUCUUCUGGAACGCCGCCGGGGUACGUUAGCCUCCGACAGGAACGGGUGGCGCAUCCCCUCUUGUGGCUGAGAGGGAAAAGGGCGGACUACUGGGAUCUCACUCGUCUCGUCUCAAAUAACGGUCUCCGUCGAAAUCCCCGUGGCAACGAACAGGACGGUCAUGAGGAUCAAGGAUGGCUCGGAGGCAAAAAAGCCCGCAGCUCGCUCGCUGGGAGCAACUUGUGGCACUUUGGGGCUCAUGACUCGUCUGACCUUUCCGAAUUCGAGUCUCAAUUGGGCCAUAUUCUGCUAGUUCACUACGGAGUAGUUAUCUAUCCAUCCUCCGUAACGCCCCGUGCGAUAGGCCAUCCGGUUGCCCGUUCGCAAUCUGGCUACUACGAGUACGGAGUAACUACUAGAAGCAACUUUACUGAGCAAGUUGCGCACCGCCGAAAUGCGCCAGAAGGCCGAAAGACGCCGCCUUGGUGUCGCUGGUGGGCCGUUAUCCAGGGGAUGGCGUUUCCGGAAGCUUUGAAAAGGAUUGUCUCCAUCCGAAUUCUGGGGACAGUCUAUGCCGCAUUCUGUAUAGUUCCGGUCAUAGUCCAAUGCUGUCAGGGAGCUGGUUACGCGGGCUUCACGUUGGAGACCGCUCUUUUGGGUUAUUUGUCUUCUGCUUCGAUCCCCGUCGCGUCCGUCCCGAGUAGUAUCAUCCCCGGCGUGUUUGGCUGUGACGAGCAGUAA